UUAUCUCACAACUUCUUGAACUCAGCAGAGAAAGGGGUCCGUUCGUCGUCCUGGUUUUGAAGCGGACCGGGAUCCGGGGCUGCCUGCGUGGGAAACUAACAGGUUUAUUGCAGGUGGGGAAUUUGGCAUUUUGCUGGCGGUCCGAGCCUGAGAUGGGCUUUGAAUGUGACUCCGGAGAAGAGCCGGUUUUGCUUUAGUUUCAGUCCGGACUCUGUCAGGUGCGCAGGGCCCUCACACCCCAGAGAGACCUGCUCCAGUCCCCCCGGAUCCUCCCGAGAAGUGGUAAUGUUAGCGGUGGGUCAGAUGGACGGGUCCCGACAGAGCGCCUUCCUCCUCAGCACCCCUCCUCUGGCGGCGCUGCACAGCAUGGCCGAGAUGAAGACCCCGCUGUAUCCGGCUUACCCGCUCUCCUCCAGCGGCCCCAACUCCUCUACCUCGCCGGCCACCACCUCUCCCAACCCGGGCGGCAUGGCCGCGUCCUCCCCGGGGAUCAAAAGCUCCGCAGGGCUGUCCUCGGGGCUCGGCUCCCCGCAGCAGUGCUCCUCCGCCACCCCUCACGGAAUAAACGACAUCCUCAACCGGCCCUCCGUGUCCUCCGCCGGCGCCACUGUGGCCGUGGCCGCCGCCGCCGCCGCCGCCUCCUCCUCGGCGGGGAUUCUGUCGGGGCUUCCGCGGUUCAGCAGCCUCAGCCCCCCGCCGCCUCCCGGACUUUACUUCAGCCCCGGCGCCGCGGCGGUGGCGGUGGCCCGGUACCCGAAGCCCCUGGCGGACCUCCCGGGCAGGACGCCGAUCUUCUGGCCGGGAGUUAUGCAGAGUCCGCACUGGAGGGACGCCAGAUUUGCGUGUUCACCCCAUCAGAAUUCCGUGUUGCUGGACAAGGAUGGGAAAAGGAAACACACGCGGCCCACGUUUUCGGGACAGCAGAUUUUCGCGCUGGAAAAGACUUUUGAACAGACUAAAUAUCUGGCGGGGCCGGAGAGAGCGCGGCUGGCCUACUCCCUGGGAAUGACGGAGAGCCAAGUCAAGGUGUGGUUUCAGAACAGAAGAACCAAAUGGAGGAAAAAGCACGCGGCGGAGAUGGCCUCCGCCAAAAAGAAGCAGGACUCGGAGACGGAGCGGCUGAAGGGGACCUCGGACAACGAGGACGAAGACGACGACUACAACAAACCCCUGGACCCGAAUUCGGACGACGAGAAGAUCACGCAGCUGCUGAAGAAGCACAAGCCGGGCUCCGCUCUGCUGCUCCACACGUCAGAAAACGACAGCUCGUAAUUCUCCCGGUUCCCGGUAAAAUUCUCCGCGGGGAUGAAACUGUCGGACGCUGCAGGUCCGAAGCUUCACUUGGUUUCCUGCACAUUUUCCCUUCGGUUCC